AUGAUGAACCAGCGACAGCCGGUCGCGACGGCGUCGCCCUACCACCACCACCACCGUCUCGAUCCAUACGCCGCCGCCGCCGCCGCCCAUCAUCACCACCACCUCCACCACCUCCACCACCACCACCACCACAGCCCUCAGUCGGCCGCUGCCGCCCACCUGUCGCCGGCCGCGUUCCAUCCGCCCACGACGCACUCGCUUUCGCACUAUCAUGACCCAGCCCUUGCGUCGCUGGCGUACCGACCGCUGCACUUACCUCCGCAGCAGCAAACGCUGCCACAGCCAAACCAACGCCAGCAGCAGCAGCAGCAGCAGCAGCAGCACGCGCCAACCGCUUCCGAAGCUACACAGCAAGCACCUCUCUCGUUAGCGCAACUCUCCGCCGGGCCAUACCACCACCAGCAGCAGCAGCAGCAGCACCCGCAUCCCUCUUUCCACCAGCACCAUUCCGCCUCACUCUCGCAACCAUCUCGUGCUGCCGCUCGUCAGCAGCAGACACAGCAACCCGCUCAUCUCCAGCAUCCGCAGCACCAACAGCAGUCCGCCAUGGCCGACUACGCCGGCGACGACCAGCUCGCCGAGCUCCAGAAACUCAGCGACAAGUACGAGCCCGAGCCGACGGUGUGUCCUUCCCUUUCCCUUCCCGUCCUCCCGUGUCGUCUGCGAGGUCAUGUCUGUCUGUUUAGAGUUGCGGCGCGGGUCGUGAAGACAGACCAUCGGCGCGAUGGAGAGACGAAAAACAUCCGAGCGCUGACCAUUGCUGAUCUCCAACAGGGGCCACUCGUCGGCCAGCGCCAACCGAGCACGGCAAUCACCACCGAGUACGCUUCUGCGGAUCCUGUCUAUCAAGCAAAGACUGCCGUAUGUCGAGAGCAACGUGACGGACAUGAACCACCUCCACUGACGAAACAUACAGGCGCUUCCACAGAAGUACUCGCAUUACCGGACUGUCCGCGGCGAUGGAAAGUGCGGCUGGCGAGGUAUCCUUCACAUGCAAUCAUCCACCCCUCUCGACCAUGUACUGAUGAUGCUGCAGCUGUGGGUUUCGGCUACUUUGAGUCGCUCAUCCGCCAUGGCGAUAGCAACACAUUCGCUAUCGAAGAAGCGCGCCUUCGCUCCCUCGGAAAUGUCAUUCAAUCGGCCGGCGUCGACCCGAUACUGAUUGAAGACUUUGCUGAAGAGACGUUCAACCUGCUCCGGGAGCUUUCCAACGCUUUGGCGACGGGCGAUGCAGACGACAUUUUGGUGGAGCGCUUCAACGAUGACAUGUUGCAGAACUAUCUCAUCACCCAUCUCCGAGUGAGUAGAACGCAGCUGCAGCUACUUUUCCGCAAUGUGCUGACCUCGGCCAGACCCUCACCUCUGCGUGGAUGACUACCCAUGAGGAGAACUAUGCGCCCUGGCUGCUGGGACAGACCGUCGAGCAAUACUGCAAGACCCAGAUCACGCCCGUCGCUGCUGAGAUGGACAAUGUCGGCCUUGCUGCACUCAAAGACGUCCUCCUGUCACCUGCUAGCAUCACGCUCGAAGUGCUCUACCUCGACCGCAGCGAGGGUCGCGAGGUAACGAUGCACCGCUUCGAUCCCGUGAACAGUGAGGGUCAGACUAUCGGCAGCUUGAGACUGCUCUAUCGACCGUGAGCAAUUUGCAUUGUCCCUGCCUCCUCAGAUUCUGACCGUGAUGCAGUGGCCACUACGAUCUCCUUUACAAGGAGGAAGAUCUUCCCGCCCCGCCACCACCCCAGCCUGCGGUGCCGACAUAUCUGCAAUAUGCAAGUCAAAGCUACGAGCCGGUGUACGACUUGGGUGUCUCGGACUUCAUGACCUCCAUCCCUGGGAUGUCGUACGCCAAUAUCCCACAAGGGAGCUGGAUGUCAUCAACCUACGGCACUGGCUCGGAUUUCUUUACUACGCAAGCGCCAGUGCAGUCGUGUGCCCAAACAGUGCCAACGCCAUCCGCGCCGGCACCUCAGCCGCACGUUCAGUCUCAGCCCGUCUAUGCUUCUGCCAGCACACCCACACCCAUGGUUGCACCGCCGUCGCACAUGCCACAUGAACUGGCGAUACGCACCAGCGUUCCCCAAGCUGCGCCGGGGACGUCUGACCUUCACUCGAGCGGAGGCCCUUUCCGACCCUCAGCUUGGCAGCUUGAACCCGACUUCGUGUCAGCGACAUCGCAAAUGCCGUUCCAGACUUCGAUUUUCAGGAAGUAAGUACCAAAGCAGUCGAUUUGUCAACGAACAUCAGACUAAUGAGAUGAGAAGCUCCCACUUCAAUACAGCCCACUUUCUGAAUCCAGACUUUCAACCCGAGCAAUGGGAUCCUGACGAUGAAUAUGCAACGACAUCCAGCAGUGGCAAAUCUAGCACGCGACACAAGAAUAGCGGAUGA